AUGGCGACUAGCCACGCCGAUAUUCCCGCAGUCGCUCCCCAGAAGCAGCCUCGCCGCUCCGUCAACCGCAUCAUUCCAGCCGUUCCCCACCGCUUCUCCCGUCCGCCCGCCGUGAGGCCCCUCACACCCGAGGAGUUUACCACGGUGACCCAGCGCGACCCCGACAAGCAGCCCGCGAUCAAGAGCGCAAAGCCAGAGGCAGCCCCUGCUGCUGUCGAGACGCCUCUGACACCGGACUCGCGAGUAUCGCCAGUUGAGAAUCGCGAUGAGGAGGAGCAUGCAUUAGCAAGCUCACCCGCGCGCUCUGGGGACGAUCAGGUAGAGGACUCAACCGAGACCCAAGGAGCCGCAACCGAAGAGCAAUCGUUUCCUGCACAGACUGGAGAAGAGCUUGCUCCUACGCCGCAACCGGAGCAGCCCGUGGAUGCUGCCGCGAAUGGCGAGCGACCCAAAUCGACCGUACGCACCGCGCUUCCGCCCGAGUUUUACCCCAGAGAGAAGCCGAUGGGACACAUGGAAGUUGCAGCUCACCUGCCUUCCGCCCACAUUUCCGCCCAUCGCCCGCAAGUAAGCGUGGAGGGGCUUGUCUUCGGCGGAAUCGCCCAGGAGUCUCCCGCUAUGCCAUCCACGCCGCAGGACUUCGAACAAGGUGUGCGAGCUGCGCAACAAGGCUUUUCGCGCCCUCCCCCAGGCCUUGCUCCCCCCCACCUUGCUCCACAGUUCUAUCCUGGUCAUUCCCACCAUCCGUCAGAGUCUGCCGCCUCGUGGCCUCACCCACCAUUCUCGAUGGCGAUGCCGCCCGACGCUGUCUAUGCCAAUGGGAACGAGUUUCACUCACCCGCGUACCCGCCAGCAUCGGGCGCUUUCCAAGCUCCCUUUGCGGCUCCUUUCUCACCCCAAGUCGGUCCGGUGUCGAUGAAUGGUGUCGCUAUGAGAUCGCACUCACAGUCUCCUAGCAAAUCCCAGCAUGGUGAACCCGGGCCCGGUUCCAACUAUUGCGAGGAGCCACAGAAUGUUCUGUAUGCAAACGAACUUUCGUUAGCCAAGCAGACCACCUCCGAAGGCUACGACACCAGCAAGCAUAUAUUCAAUCAGUUCGGCAACCCUGAGUUCACUGACUACGUCCUGCACAUACGGUCGCCAGAAGCCAUGCUGUGGUCCAUGCCCGUGCAUGCAGUCAUGGUAUCUCGAAGCCCAGUGAUCUUCGAGGCCCUCCGACACAGCACGCCGCCUCCCUUCCAAACCAAGGAUACCAGGCGAUCGGCUGAGGUCCUAAUUGAUGAUAGGUUUGUUACGCCCGAGUCUUUGAAUGAAGCGAUUAAGGUUCUUUAUGCUGCACCACUGCUACCUGCGGAAGCUUUCCUCUACAACCUGAGCCCAUACAACGUGGGCCAUGAUCAAGACUAUGCGUCCAACGAGGCUCGCAAACGUAUGGGUCAAGCUAUUAGCUACGCUGCUGCUGGGAGAGUGCUGCAGAUCCCUGAAAUGCAGGCCUGUGGUCUGCGGAUCGCUAAGUCGCUCCUUCGCUGGGACACGCUUGACAUGGUUCUUCAUUUCGGAUGCUCGGCGAACAAGACGACUGUACAGCCUAACGGCUUCGGGGCCGACAAUCGCAUUCUUGAGACAUACGCCGUACCAUUGCUCGACGAUGCGCUUGAGUUCAUCGCAUACAAUUUUCCGUCGGACUUCGCACUGUACUCGAUAGCGCCAGAACUGCGUCAGAGCCCACGAUUACCGGCUGUGGUUGAGUCUAAACAGCCUUCGCACAAUCCGCGACUGAGUAAGAUUCGGUUCGGCGAUGCUCCUCCGGAAGAUGAGCUUAAGCCUAGCCCUGUCACACAGCUCCUUUCAAGCAUCCUGCUAUCUCUCCCGCUCGCUCUACUGGAUCCACUCUUCAGCCACCCGGCGGCCGCCAACCAAGUUGGGUGGAGUGGCCUGGUGCGGAUUAUGCGAGAGGUGAUCGAGGAGCGUGAAAAGCGUCGCCAGAAAGUCUUGAAAAGUCUAGUUAAGUCUCUGGAUUCAUCAAUCUCCAGGGCUUUGCUGGAGAACGUCUAUCGAGAGGAACACGUCGAGCCUACCUCGGAACGCGCUUCAGGAUUCAAACCAGUGGCCGUUCGCCCAUCGGAGCAGACUUGA